AUGAACAGAGGGCCGGCGUCAAAACAUUUCGAAAAUGCCGUUUCAAAGUUUGAAGAACGCCGUUGUAACAUGGUACAGCGUCAGCAGUUCCUCAAGAAUAAAAUUACCAGCAUGGAAAGAUCAAUUCCGGCAUUAAUGGCAUAUAAUAUGUGGGUAUCGGGGAAAAAGUGCACCGAUGCGCCGUUGUGCAAAGUUAAAGAAAUAAUGGCAACAUUUUCACCUACGCCAGAUCCUACAGACAAGCUUCUAGAGAAUUUAAAAAAUAAGGUGCACGUGUUGAACAGAGAAACUGAGGAAUUACACGGUAAAAUAAUAGACACCGAAAUAGAAUUGGAAGAACGAGGAAUGGAACUUGAUUCUUUGGAGUCAGCAAACAACGAGCUCACGGAACGGAUUACUGACUUGGAGAAGCAAGUAGAGAAAACGAAGGUUCCAAGCCUCCACUCCAUUCAUUCCGAAGAUCUCGUAUGUCUUGCGAAAAUCCGGCAACUUGGUCAUGAAGAAGUUAAUCUAAAGUCGUGUAUUCGAGAACUUGAAGAGAAAGAGGUCAAAUUCCGACAGCAAAUGGAACAACUCUUAACAUCUAGAGAAUUCCAGAAAGAUAGUGGUGGGAAAAAAAUGGUAAAAAGAAUUCAGGAGUUAGAGGCAACGGAGAAAAAAAUGAAUUGCGCUCUUCAAACCCAUAAGUACAACAUGCACCAGCUCAAGAAGAAGCUUAUGCAAAAGGAAAAAGAAAUUACUAGAAUGGAAGCAUUUCUCGGAGUGGAUGGCGAGCCGAAAGAUUCAAAACAUGUUUAUAAACGUAAACAAGAUGACAAACAAAGUUCCAAACACGGGUCACGAGGUUCAUGGCUACCAGAGUGGAUGCUUCCAAGUAGUUCGACUGCUCCUGGUUUUCCCACAACCCCUGGAAAAUCUACAGAAACAUCCCCAAGCUCACCAUCGUUUACUGAUGAUAUUAAUCAUCUCCAGGGAAAAUUAAAAAGAUGCGUUUGCCCUACUCCCGCUUCGGUUCCAUGCUACGAAAAGCCGCCUUGCCGUUCGGAUAAUUCCAAAACCAGAUCUUGUUGUAAUACGGAAUCGAGUGGAACGCAUUGUCCACUUCCACCUUGCCCAGCGACUCCAUGUACACCGCCACCAUGUCCUUCUCCCCUACGUGAUACAUCAGGUGGUACUCUUCCAUCGUGUUGUAAGCCACCUUCAUGCCCGCCUCCCCCAUCUUGCAAGCCGGUUUGCUGCCCAUCACCUCCGAGUUGCAAGCUACUAUCGAAUACCCAAGCUUCAUCGACACGCUGUACCAACAAUGUGCUUUGCAAGCCCCCGGAAUGUCUCGAGUCCCCAGAAUUUCGAAAACAGGAUUUACCCUGCCCCUACGCUUAUUGCUGUAAAUCUCGUCGAUCUUCUCGCCAACCAGAUUCUUGCUGUCCCCCAGCGCCUUGUGACAUUGGUUCUCCUUGCCACACGUGCCGAUCUCAAACUCCCUGCAAGGAGUGUGUUUCCUCACCGCAAUCGGGUGGCUGUCGGUGUUCGUGCAAGGGAAAAUGUGCACGUGGAGAAUCUAGCGUACCUUGUAACUGCAGUGCUGACGAAAAUUAUCGACCCAAAGGACUUCCAAAGCCUCCAUGUGGUGGAGCGACCGGAUGUUGGCUAGAGGAGGAUAGCGACGAUGAUUUUUGUGCCUGUUGUACUUGUGGCUGCAACGAGAGCGAUGAUUCCGAUCAAUAGCAGACUAGAAAUGUUUACCCGGUGAUGAUUAAAUCACGCCGCUGACAGUGGAAAAUACCAGAAAUCAUCGUACAAGCCGGUCUGUAAUCGCUUCACACAUCUUCAGAUUCUUGUAGAAUAUCUCCGAUAAAGAUAUUGACGUCUUGUGUCAAUCAAUGAGUGUAAAAAAAGGGACUCUUCCGAUAACGUAACACAGAAGUUCGAAAUUGUUAUUUGUAAAUCACGUACUCGAGCUUCGUAAUUAUUGAUAUGUUUUCAAAGGAGUAAGGAAUACACAGGUGAAUAAACAAUUCUAUUUUGUAGCUUAUGUAUAAUUGCUUAUAUUUCGACGUGAUUUAUUAUGUUGGAAGUGAGAAUACAUUUUCACAGAAAUUGUUCACACACCAUCGGAUAGCCCCAGCUCAGAAUUGUACAAUCGUGUAAAAUUCAGUUGUUCCUCAUCUAUUUCUCGAAAGGGUAAUACGGGCUAUCGAUCCAGCUAAAAAAUAUCAAAGUCAGAGUCAUGUAAGUUGAAUAAUUAUUACGAACACUAAUAAGCCGUAGGUAGUAAAAGUACAACAAUAACUCGUAUUGCGUUUUAUAAGACGAAUGGUUGUGUUUGAUGAUAAUGAAAUAUAUUGUGAUAAUGUGAUAAAGGUAUAAUAACGGGUUUCAA